CCUCCCUUCCACUUUUGAGAGGCAGAGAGAGAGGGAGGCACAGAAUCUGAAGUAGGCUCCAGGCUCUGAGCUGUCAGCACAGAGCCCGACGUAGGGCUUGAAGUCACAAACUGAGAGAUCAUGACCUGAGCCAAAGUCGGACACUUAACUGACUGAGCCACCUAGGCACCCCAACAGUGUCUUUCACGGAGCAGAAGCUUUCUUACUUUGAUGGAGUCCAGUUUAUCAGUUUUUUUUUUUUUUUUUAUGGAUUAUGUUUAUGUUUUCAUAUUUAAGAAAUCUUUCCCUAAUCCAAAGAUCUGUUCAACAUUAAUGUAUAGUAACGUGCAGUUGUUAGUAAUUUCUUUUGGCUCUUUCAUUGACUGUAAUUUUCAUUAACUGGUUUUUCACUAUGCUAUUUCAUUAAGUAUAAAACACACCAUUUAAAAAAUGUAUUGUUGGGGCUCCUGGCUGCCUCAGUUGGUAGACCAUGAGGCUCUUGAUCUCGUGGUUGUAAGUUUGAGCACCACAUUGGGUGCGGAGGUUACUUAAAAAUAAAAAAUUCUAGGGGCACCUGGGUGGCUGUCAGUGGAGGGUCCAACUCUUUAUUUUGGCUUAGGUCAUUAUCGCGGGGUUGUGGGAUUGAGCCUGUGUGAGGCUCCAAGCUGAGUGUGGCUCCUGCUUGAGAUUCUCUCUUUCUCUCCUUCUGCCCCUCCCCCUGCUUGCACGUAUGCGUGUUCUCUCUCUAAAAUAAAAUACAUAUAUAUAUACACACACACACAUAUAUAUAUAAAAGAUAAAAAUUUAAAAUGCUAAAAAAAUUGUACUAGUCAAGUAUAGUUGAUGUAUAAUGUUAGUUUCAGAUAUACACAGUGGUUCAACAACUGUAUACAUUUCUCAGUGCUCCCCACAAUAAGUGUAGUCAGUUACCAUACAAUGUUAUUACAACAUUAUUGACUAUGUUCUGAGACACACCAUUUUUUAACGAACCACUAAUAAAAAAAACCUAAAGCAAUGCUUAAACUUUGUUGUACUGUUGAACUGUUAGUUGUAAGGUGUAUCCAGAUUUCUGAGAUAAUAAAAUAUGAAUCUGUGAAAUACGGGUUGUUGUUUUUUUAGUUUUUGGUCCGGGGUUGGCUGUUGCCUUAGGUUUAUUCUGCGUGCUAUCAGAAUGGCAGAACCUGGGAUAUUGCUAAUUGCUGAGAAGGCAGUUCCACAUUGCUGAACAUGUUUGGGUGACUUCUCUGACUUGUGACAAGAGGGAAACCUGUACAAAUAGAGAGAGGGUGACAGAAGCUACAGAAUGUGUGUGGGGGCAUGAGAACACAAGCUUAGGAAGGGUGGGGUGAUCCACUGUGGCAGCAAGAAUCCGUGUCUUAGAGAGAUCUACGACACAGCCUAUCUCCCCUACAGCCGAUGCUGGGACCCAGCGUGAAGGUCCAGGUCUCACCUUCCUCCUCAGUGACACUAGGGCCAGGUGUUCUGUGGUUCAGCACCUCUAGGGUCUGGAGACUUGCGAGACCAAAGACUUCACGGCUGUCAGACCUUCACAAACCCAGCAAAUUUUUGGAUGUUAGAACAUUGCAUUGCUCCAUUGUCUUGCUCUUAUACAGAUGCCUGUUCUUAUGCCCCAAGCCUAUUGGAUUCCCCUAUGUUUGCCCCGAAGAGAAGUUCUGCGUGGUUGGUCUGCGUUCUGGCCUGGAGCUCGUUCAGGAUUGUUGUAGCCCUUGAGGAACAGCCUCUUUCCUUACAACUUGUCACAUAGCGUAUUGGACACUUGCGUGUUAGAUAUCGAACAAAGCCAUACUGUUGUAGCCUCUGUAAAUACUCUACAAAAGUGCUUACUUCCUUCAAAAAUCAUUUACAUCGCUACCAUGAAGACGAAAUUGAUCAAGAGCUGGUGAUCCCUUGCCCAAACUGUGUAUUUUCCUCUCAACCCAAAGUUGUGGGAAGGCACUUCAGAAUGUUUCAUGCACCUGUCCGGAAAGUCCAGAACUACACAGUGAAUAUUUUAGGUGAACCUAAGUCUUCUAGGAGUGAUGUGAUAAGUUUUACAUGUUUAAAAUGUAACUUUUCAAACACUUUGUACUACAGUAUGAAGAAGCAUGUGCUGGUAGCCCAUUUUCACUACUUAAUUAACUCCUACUUUGGCCUGCGAACUGAGGAAACGGGUGAGCAACCGAAAACCGAUGAAAGUCUUUCUACUGAGAAGAUGCCACCGUCUGACAAGUACUAUUGUAAAAAGUGCAACGCCAAUGCCAGCAGCCAGGAUGCUUUAAUGUACCAUAUUUUGACUUCAGAUAUACACAGGGAUUUGGAAAAUAAACUCAGAUCUGUGAUCUCAGAACAUAUUAAGAAGCCCGGCCUUUUGAAGCAGAUGCACAUUGCUCCAAAGCCAGCGGCACCCUUGGCCGUGCCCCCAAACGGCGGAGCUCCGGGCAUCGCAGCCACAUCUCCCUGCUUUCGUCUUGCCUUGCCACAGAACAGCCAAAGCCAGACCGUCGUGCAGCCAGUGCAGGGCGCAGUCCAGCCAGUGACUGUGGCCUCAGGCACUUCUGGAAGCCUCACCCACUCUCCGCCUGCUGUUGCCCAGUCCCACGUGACCCUGGUCUCCAGUCCUCUGCCGGUGGGCCAGAGCAACCUCCCUCUGCCGCCCUCAGCCCCGCAGCCUGUCUUUCUUUCUCAUGGAGUCCCGCUUAAUCAGUCUGCAAAUCCUCCUGUGUUGCCCUUGAGUCAGCCAGUCGGACCUAUCAAUAAGUCUGUUGCAACUGGUGUCCUCCCCUUAAACCAGACCAUCCGCCCAGGGGCUGUAUCCCUUAGCCAGCCGGUCGGGCCCAUAAACAGACCAGUUGGGCCUGGAGUUCUUUCAGUAAACAGACCUGCUGGGCCUGGAGUUCUUCCUGUCAGUCCGUCCGUCACUCCCGGGGUUCUUCAGGCCGUCUCACCAGGGGUGAUUUCUGUGAGUCGGACAGUCCCGUCAGGGGUCCUGCCUGCAGGCCAGAUGACCCCUGCCGGGGUCAUCCCUUCAGGACAGACGGCAACUUCUGGGGUGCUUCCUGCGGGCCAGAUGGUCCAGUCAGGGGUUCUCCCCAUUGGCCAGACGGCCCCAUCGGGGGUUCUCCCCGCUGGGCUGACGGCCCCCUCGCGGGUUCUGUCUGCGGGCCAGACGGUCCCGCUGAGGGUUCUGCCUGCAGGCCAGGUCGUCCCACCGGGGCUCCUUUCUCCCAACCAGACGGUCUCGUCGGGUGUUCUCCCUGUGAACCAGGGUAUUAAUUCCGGUGUUCUGCAGCUCAGCCAGCCUGUCAUGUCAGGAGUGCUCCCUGUGGGCCAGCCAGUGAGGCCUGGCGUCCUGCAACUGAAUCAGCCUGUGAGCACCAACAUCCUGCCUGCAGGUCAGCCAGUUAGACCUGGCGCUUCUCAGAACACCACUUUCCUCACGUCAGGCUCUAUUCUCAGACAGCUGAUACCUACAGGGAAACAGGUGAAUGGGAUUCCCACGUACACACUUGCCCCCGUAUCUGUCACUUUGCCUGUGCCUCCAGGAGGUGUUGCAACUGUGCCCCCACCCCAGGUGCCCAUCCAGCUCCUGCAGUCGGGCACAGCUGCGCAGAUGGCCAGUUCCAUGGCCAGCAUGCCCUCUCCUCCAGUGGUGGUAAAUGCCACUCAGAAUAUGUUUGUUCAGGCGUCUCCAUCUGUGGCAGAGGCCAGUCAGGCGCUCAAACAGGCGAAGCAGUGGAAAACCUGUCCGGUCUGUAAUGAGCUCUUCCCUUCCAAUGUCUACCAAGUUCAUAUGGAAGUGGCUCAUAAGCAUAGUGAGUCCAAAUCUGCUGAAAAACUGGAACCUGAAAAGCUGGCAGCGUGUGCGCCGUUUUUAAAGUGGAUGAGAGAGAAAACCGUUCGCUGUCUCUCUUGUAAGUGCUUAGUGUCCGAGGAGGAGCUUAUCCAUCACUUGCUCAUGCACGGCCUGGGGUGCUUGUUCUGUCCGUGCACUUUUCAUGACAUUAAAGGUCUUUCGGAGCACAGUAGGACUGUGCACCGAGGGAAGAAGAAGUUACCUGUGGAUUAUAGUAACAAAGGUUUUCAACUGGAUAUCGAUGCUAAUGGCAACCUGCUGUUUCCCCAUCUUGACUUCAUUACCAUAUUGCCAAAGGAGGAGCUUGGGGAGCGGGAAGUCUACUUGGCGAUACUGGCGGGGAUACACUCCAAGUCACUGGUGCCUGUGUAUAUAAAGGUGAGGCCCCAGACGGAGGGCGCCUCUGGGAGCCCCAGCAAACAGGCUCUGACUUGCCCCUUUUGCUUUGGCACCUUUGUGACGACGGAGGCAUACGAGCUGCAUUUGAAGGAGAGGCACCACAUCACGCCAACGGUCCACACCAUCCUGAAGUCUCCGGCCUUCAAGUGCAUCCACUGCUGUGGGGUCUACACGGGCAACAUGACCCUGGCAGCCAUCGCCAUCCACCUGCUGCGCUGCAGGAGUGCCCCAAAGGACAGCAGCUCAGACCUCCAGAUCCAGCCUAGUUUUAUUGAGAACAGCGAGCUGCUCUUGGUGAAUGGGGAGGUGAUCCACGACUCCAGUUUUUCUGUGAAGAGGAAGCUGCCCGAUGGCCACUUUGGGACAGAAGACCAGAGGGACGUGGAGGAGCGGCCCCUCGUCAUAAACACCGACGCAGCCCUGGCUCCCGAAAAGGUGACGAGUGCGGUGCCUUUUAAAAGACAAAGGAAUGAAAUCAGGACAGAGGGACCGCUCGUUAGUGAGGAUGCCCUUCAGAUUUUAGCAUUAAAUCCUAAAAAAUAUGAAGACCGUUCUUACGAGGAAAAAAAGCAAUUUCUUAGAGAUUAUUUCCACAAGAGACCAUAUCCUAGUAAAAAGGAAAUAGAACUACUUUCCUCACUCUUGUGGGUGUGGAAAAUUGAUGUGGCUUCAUUUUUUGGAAAAAGAAGAUACAUUUGCAUGAAAGCAAUAAAAAAUCACAAGCCUUCUGUGCUUUUAGGCUUUGAUAUGUCUGAACUUAAAAAUGUUAAACACAGGUUGAACUUUGAGUUUGAGCCACAAAACUUGUAAAAAAAAAAAUAGGAAAUCUGAAGUACUAGAUAUUUAGUAGUUUUUUCAAUUGAGAUUUAAAAAAAUGUUAUUUUCUUCACUGUAUGUUGAACUAAUCAAUUUCAGUGGUCUUUAUGCUGCUCUUUAGAUUUAUUUCAGGUGCUCAGAAAGACUUCUAUAUAAAAGAAGUGAAUAGUUGUUUUGGAUUUAUUGUUUCCUGCAGUUUGAUUUUGUAACAAUUAUUUUUAGUUCUUCGCUGUCAUGUAAAUUAAAUCCUUGGCUCUUCCAUGCACGUCUUGUUUCCUAGUAGUGUCAGUAUUGUGGGAUGAAAACUGAAAUCUGUAUGUUUGUGUUUUCAUUUAAGGAAAUUUCAGCUUGUUUCAGAAUACUUGAUUAACUGCAUUGAUCUCCCUCAGUUAGCUUCACGUGUAGCAGCAAACGGUAAGCGCCGAGGCUGACAGAAGUGAGUACACACCCCUGUGAUGUGUGUGCUUCCCUCAGGACGCACUGCAUUAACUUACGCUGGUUUCUUCUUCUCAAGGUACUUGCUUUCUAGAUUGUGAUUCUGAUUUACAUUUUUUCAAGUUUGUCCUAGCUGCUGUCUUUUAUUACAACUCAUAGAAAACCAAAUGUUUUCCUUUGUUAAAAAUAUACUGAACCUGAAGCUUGCUAUUUAGCUCGUUAAGAGUUAUUUUCAAAUAAAGCAGUUUUGUAGGUGCGGAAAUCCUUUUUAGUGUGGACUUCUCCCCUUUUUGAUAUGGUGGUAAGUCAUUUCCCCGUUCAAAAGUAAGACAAUACAUUUUUAGUGCCUUUAGAAUAAACGCUGAACACACACUCAGACUCUCCUCCCAAUCUAACUCUUCAUAAACCAGUGAAAGGAAAGGACCAUGUGACUCAGGAAUAAAAUUUUUACCCCUGAGUGUGGAAGCUAACUAGAGUGUAGACAUAGGUUUUCAGAGAACAAAGCGAAAUGAGUAGAGCAAGAGCUGUAUCCGUGUUGCUGUUACAUCUUUGACAGUUUUCUAGAGGUAAACGUACUUGUUCUGGGGAGAUGGGCUUUCCUCUAGCCCAGCUGUCUGGGUUAGUGGGAUGGGGAUUGCUGAAGAACUCCACUGUAUUACUGUCCUUUGGACAGUUAAACCUCCAGGGUUUUUUUUCCACACACACAAUAACUAAAAGCACCAGAGCCAGCAAUGGAGACCAGCCAGUUUUGACCUUAAAUCGUAUUCCUGGUGGUACACAGCAGAGGCACCUGUCCGACGUACUCAGAGGAUAUGACGGUCUCUGGGAAAUAAGACGAUGUUACUCUAUGGAUUUUAAAAAGUAGAAUACCUGCAUGUAAUUGCUAUAAUGUGCAUUUUUGAGGCGAUUGUGAAACUGGUCUGUGAUUGUUGGUGUACUCUGUUGUAAAUCCAAAAAGAGCUUGUUGAAGUUUAUUUUUUUUUUAACCUAUUGUUUCAGAGUGUCUAUUUUGAAUUAAAAUUUGUUAUACCACUGCAAACAGAA